GUAGUCAGUUGACUGGGUGCCUUGAUUGCGGACACACCAGUACUCCCACACAAACAUAAAUACUACCAGAGACGUUCUCUCUCAUCCAUUCAUGGCUCCACAUCUCCUCCUUGUCCUGCGCAUCCUUUUCUUCCUCACUGGAGUCUCAGAUACACAGAGUGUGUCCACAGUGAGUCAUGUGUCUGUAAAGCAAGGAGGCUCCAUCACCAUCCCAUGUCUCUAUAAUCAGAGAUAUAGAAACAAUGUGAAAUACUGGUGUAGGGGAUAUAAUUGGUUAGGUUGCUCUACUGUAGUACGCACUGACCGUCCUAAGACCAGUGGAAAGACCUCAGUCUCUGAUGACAUCAACCAGCGAGUCUUCACUGUGACCAUGACAAGUCUUAGUCCUAGUGAUUCUGAUUAUUACUGGUGUAUUGUGGAGAGGAAUAUCAAUGUAGAUGAUGGGGUUAGACUGCAGAUAUCUGUUACUCCAGGUUCUCCAGAACUCUACGUGGACCAACAACAGAUGACUGGAGUUGUAGGAGGGAGUGUCACUGUGCUCUGUUACUAUAGUUCACAAGGAAGCAGUGGGAGGUGGUGCAGGAUGGGAGGCUCUUGUGUGGCUGUGGGACUUUCUGGGGCUUUAGAUGGAACAUGUGUGAAGUUAGUGCAGGAGCAGAGCCGAACCACCAACGGUUAUGUCUUAAUGGUGACUAUAAGUGGAUUGAUGAUGGAGAACACUGGCUGGUACUGGUGCAAAAAGGGAGAACAACAGAUGCCUGUUCAUAUCACUGUCAAUCAACCAACCACAACGCAGAGCACGACCACAACAACACAAGCUUCAUCCACUCACCAAGCGUCACUAACCAGUGCUAAGUCUAACACUCCGCCCACAGUUUCCCCUUCUGUUACGAACAGGGACAAUGUUGUAACUAACGAGAACACAGAUGAGAAGCACCAGAGUUUGCUGGAAGUCCUGUUCAUUCCUCUGAGCCUGUUGGUGGUGUUGAUAGUUGUUACAUUGGUCACAUUGAAGAUGAUGAGAAAACAUAAGGACAAGAAAGCAAAGGGCCAACCACCAAACACCACAGUAUUCCUGAACCCUGAGAGCCACGGUGACUUGUACAGCACUGUGAUCCCUAAGCAGCACAGGACAGCAAAAAAGGACCCAUUACCUGAUGAUGCAGUGACAUACAGCACCGUGGUCACCAAGAACAAGGUCCAACCAAAUGUUCCAUUACCUGAUGAUGCAGUGACAUACAGCACUGUGGUCACCAAGAACAAGACCCAACCAAAUGCAGCAGAACCAGAUGAUGUGAUCUACAGCACAGUCUACAACACCAGAGAUAGCAGGGAGUAGCAGCAGAGCAGUGACUGAAUUAAAUCCUUGGUCCCAAAGAACCAGACCAGCUUUAUGGGGGAAAAUACUGGAGGAUCUCAGUGUACUAAGGCAUCAGAAGAAAAGUGUCCAGAUUGACAGUAAAACAUAAUGUUAUUUUAUUUGUCACCCCCUGCCCCAAACCUUUCUCCUUAUUAUUUUGUAUUGUUCACUUUUUCUUUUUAAAGGAAGAAUCAAAAUGUAUGUAAGGGGACAGCCGAAUAACCCUUUUAGGUUUGAGAUGGCACAUCUUUUUCUAAGAGUGUAGGCUGACUGUCUUAAGUGGAAAGGUAGGCCAAACUUUUGAAAGUACAAUGCUCAGAUUCCUGAUUUAAUUAUUUGCAAACAGCGACAGUUUCGUUGCAAACAGGACAAACUGAUUUGGCAUUGGAGAAAUAUUCAAUAUUUAAGGCUCUGGUCUGUACAGGAGGUGAGGAUAAUGCUGUCCACUUUGUUUUAAUUAUUUAUUUUGGGUAGAGGGGAGGGUCACUUGUUUUCUUUCUAGGGUUUAGGUCAAAUAUAUUUAGCUCAAGAGCGGGCCAUCCAACUUCAUUUCAGAGAUGUCCGAUUUUCUCCAUUUAACCCUUAUUAUAAUUAACGUUCACUCUCUAACCUGUAUAUAUUAUAGACUGAACGUCUUGUAUUAAACUGUCACAAUUAUGUCCAUGUGGACUUUUAACUAACGUGUGUUUCUUCAAUAAAAACAGAAUAAACAUGAAUGUUUUAUUUUUAUUAAAGAA